UUGUGCGGUGAUUGGUUAUGAUUUUAUUCCUUUGAUUCUAUUAUUAAAUUAAUUUUCUUAAUGGCGUUUAAAAAAAUAAUUGUGAUAACUUAAUGCGUUUCAAUUAGCAAACGUGUGGUUUUAAAAUAUCGCUUGAGCGCAAGUCGGAUGCGCCACCGACGAUGAUUUCGUCCCGUUCGCUUGUUCGCUCGACUUCGCUAUAAAAACACUCGAGGAGCUGCCCUAUUGUCUCGUGGCCCUUUUACGAGCAUCGUUUUGUGACGCUGUUAUUGUUUGCGGUUGAUAAACAUCUCGCCACUAGGUAGGAUGGACUUAAUGAAUAAAGAGCUGUUGGCAUUCACCAAGGAUUUGCCGUUGAAUACAGAAACUGCAUUCAAACAAGAUCCGAAGUUAGCCGCUGCAAUAGAUACACUUUGCAAUAAUCAAAAAAUAUUGCUGGGUAAUUCUGGUGUGACUGUGCUUCCUGAACGUAAACUAGAGUUUAGUGAAGUCCAGCAACUUUUAAAGGGAUCCAGAAAUGAUAAAGCUGCCUCCAAGCCUUCAUACGUAAUUCUAAAGGAAACAAAUGACGCCAGAAAAUCACUCCUCCAAAAAGUGGAAGACAUUCUGAAUGAUAUCAACAAAUGUGCUGAAAGCGGAGAUACUCCUAAACUUGUUAUAAGGAACCAAAAGCUUUGGAGCAAUUGCAUUUACGAUUUAGAUAGGGUAACUUUAAAAUCGUUUAAUGAAGCAAAGAAGACGACACUUUGUUAUUCCAGUAGCCAAGAUAAAACAAGAUUUAAUAGAAUAGUUUUCGUGUUAACCAAAGUGCAUGAAUUACUUUCCAAGAAUUUGACUGUUACUAGACGGGAGUUGUUUUACCAAAAUGUGAUGAGACUUCGUAACCAAGCUAAUUUGGACGUUGCCGUGAGAGAUGUCUGCUGCUUGCUGGAGACUCCUCCCUGGACUUUAGGCAUCGUGGCCACGGCUAAGGGUCUGAUAGCUGGACCACUAACAAUGCACCAUAGGGAUGGAACUGUUAUUGAUUGUAUGGCGUCUGGUGGUGUUAUCAUACCCCAAGAUAUCAUUGGAAUCAAAGAGUUCCAGUCUACUGCUAAGUAUAUCCUGGUGGUGGAAAAAGAUGCUAUCUUUCAAAAGCUCCUAGAUGAAGGUGCACUGCUCAGAUUGGGACCCGUAAUUAUUAUGACGGGUAAAGGCUAUCCAGACGUAUGCACUCGUCAACUACUUUGUCGUUUGUGUUCUGAACUGCGGCUGCGUGCGCUUGCGCUGGUAGACGCUGAUCCACACGGAUAUGAAAUAUUCCUCACAUACAAAUAUGGCUCAUUGGCCCAAUCUCACCUAUCAUCAUCACUAGCUUGUGGUUCUCUAGUGAUGUUAGGAGCUCGACACAGUGACGUGAUGACCUUAGCUCCUACUGAAGCGCGAUUGCCUCUCACUGACUUGGAUAAAAGGAAACUUGUUAAUCUUCUUAAAAGACAGUAUUUGGAUACUCCAGUUGGAAUCCGCAUAAAAGAAGAGUUAACAGCUAUGUUAUCUAGCGGUACAAAAGCAGAAAUAGAAGCUCUAGCACCUACCACUGCUGCGCUUUGCGACGCUUAUCUUCCUGCUAAAAUUAUACAAAAUGAUUACUUAGGAUAAGACACUUCAGUAAUAAACUUUCGAUAGUU